AUGGAUGUAUUUUCCAAUACAAGAGAUCAACCAUGCGACAGAAAGUGGUCCGCAAAGACCAAUGUGAUUCGAAUUUUGUUGGCGUUGACUGUAGUCUUGCUGUCGUUUUCACAUUUUGGAAAAUCGUUUAGAACCCUUGACACUGCCAUAUUCUACCCAGCAACCGACACUGGGGGUCCAAAAAUGGGGAAUGAGCAAGAUAAUCUCUUGAAGGUUUCGGAUCUGGAUGACAUAGCUCGCAAGAUGGAAUCUACCGGAAUCCUCAAUGGCGAUUCUGACAAAAAGACAUACUUGAUGGACGGGACUGUGGAGGACAGAGAAGACAACAAUUUUCCUCCCACCACUAUGGUGGCUUCGAGUCCAAGCACUUCAGAAAGAAUAGCAAUCGUUGUGCGAUCUAAGGAUCCCAUACGGUCGGCUGUCCAAAGCAGGCUGAUACAGAUGGCCGAGAUAUUCCAAAAGGAUGACUUCACGAAUUAUGACUUUCACAUCAUGAUUGACCAAACGAAACACAAUUUGACCACAACCGAAACACUGCAAAGAUACUUUCGAGCUCACAAUGCCUCCCAUCUGAAAGCACCGACGGUUUUUAGUGUCUCCGAACAAAUGAUUCUCGAGGAAUUUCCGAAACUGGCCUCGGGAUACGUCAAAGGACCUUUGGUGGAUGGUGGACCGGGAACAUGUUGUGCUCAACCCCUUAUGUGGCAACUAUUGACACCAACCUUUGUGACAUUUGUGCACUAUCAUCAAGAGUAUGACUACAUUUGGAUCUUUGAGGAUGACCUUUGGUCGGUUGGAACACCCAUUGUCGAAGUACUUCACGCGUUGGAUGACAAAUUGCGAGGAAAGAACGCCAGUUUGUGUGGGUCGAAGCUGCGGACAAACGGAGUGCCAUACACAAAAAUGACGAAAGAGCGCCAUACAUAUGAAUUCCGCGACAUCUUGAUAGCCAUGAAGGCAACUGCGUGGCAACGUCAAAACCGAACACUUUUGGAGAUGGAUGGGCAAAUACGAUCCCAAUUCUGGAACGAAUGGGGAGCCAACACAUUGCCAGUUUGGAGUUGCAUGUCCGACACGCUGUAUCGGCACUCGAGAGACUUUGGAAACUAUGUCUAUGGUAUGGUGAAAUCCAAUGUCUAUCAAUUCGCCGAGUGCUAUCAGAUGCCGUUGGCAUGGUAUGGAGGAUUCCAAAUUGCAGAUAUGAAAACGAUUCUUCCAGACAUUGAAGGUUUUUAUAAGGACGGCAGAAGAGAUGAACCAGGUAUUCAUGUCAAAUGGGAGGACGUUGCAUACAAUAGAAAGUUGGAAAUCGAACAGGCAGAGAUUAGACUUCAGGACUAUCAAACGACAACAAAUGUCACCUCUUUAAUUUAUCACGAGGUCUUUGUUCCUUCCAAUGGAAAAGAGUACCGAACACAACGGGAACAUCACAAUCUUUGUUCACUUACAUUUGACUUCCGACAGGAUAGUAUACUUACGGCAGACUGCGAGAGGACACUUGGAACAGCAGGACUGCAAGAGGCGACAGGUGUAAUAUUUAUUGGGAACAAUCCAAUCUUCAAAUUAUUUCACAACUUUCUAGCGGUGGAGAAGGCGACGCUGCUAUUCCAAAUAAUGAUGGACGACAACAAGAGUAAAAAGAAGAACAGGGACUACUAUCGAUAUCCACCAGUGAAUUACGAUGAAUGGAUGAAGAACACAACUCAUCUGACGAAUGAGAUAAUUGGUAAAACUCCUGGGACUGGGAAAUGUAAUAAAGAUUGUCAUCAGACCAAACUCAGAUGGAUAACUACCAAUCUCACGAUGGAAGCUCUGCUGGUGGAGUCAUCCCGCGAUCUCUUCUUUCCUACCCUAACAACAACAACGUCCCAAGAGACAGUUGCAAAAUGGAUUUCAGAGCACUAUCAAGACCGCCAAAAUACUGUGUGCAUCAUGCAAAUGGACAAUCUUGAGAUGAUAUGGGUUCCAAAUCGAACGAAAACCGAAUUCUUGGAGAACACAAAGGUAUUUCUUGAAAUGCUAAAGCCAUCAUGCGGAACAAUUAUUCGAUUCGGAUUUCUUCCCCACUUUUCCACAAGGAGUGUUCAAGAGAUUGUGUCUUGGGAUGAAGGUCUGCGGGACCUAGUGCUUGAUGAUAGCACCCUCAAUGGAUAUUUUGUAGACGUCAGCAACGCCAAGAAGUCAAAUUCGAACAAUCGAUAUUCCAAACCGAUAUGGCGUAUGUUUGUCAGGCUGAUGGGGCUCCCAUCAGCCGUCUUUGAAAGAUAG